UUCACUCAGUUUUUACGUUGGCAGGAUUGGCGAUAAAAUGUACACCUCCCAAUGAGCUGUUAUUUAUUAACUCACUCUCGCAUAUAAAAUUGAAGUUUAGUUUCGUAACAAAAAAGCGCUAGUGCAGUUGUAGAGGAGUUGGUGAAAUAUGAUUUUACUGGAAAUUAAUAACAGGGUGGUGGAAGAGACGUUAACGUUAAAGAUUAAAAACGCACAAGCCGGUGUGAAAAAUGAGUCAAUAGAUGUAACUGUAGCAGAUUUUGAUGGUGUUUUAUACCACAUUUCAAAUGUCAAUGGUGAUAAAACAAAAAUUAGAGUUAGUAUAUCACUUAAGUUUUACAAGGAACUACAGGAGUAUGGGGCAGAUGAACUCUUGAAACGAGAAUAUGGUUCUCUUCUUAUGACCCCUGAGGACUUUUACAAUGUUUCAUUGCUUAUAGACCUGGAAAAUAUACCAGAGAAUUGGCAAGAGGUUGUGAAGAAGGUGAGCAUGCUGAAGAGAAAUUGCUUUGCUUCAGUCUUCGAAAAAUAUUUUGACUUUCAAGAGCAAGGCGACGAUGGCCAAAAACGUGCUGUCAUUCAUUAUAGGAACGACGAAACUUUAUACGUUGAGGCGAAAUCGGAUCGAGUCACUGUAGUAUUUUCGACGAGGUUUAGGGAUGACGACGAUGUUAUCAUUGGUAAAGUGUUCAUGCAGGAACUAAAGGAGGGUUUGAGAGCAUCCCACACCGCUCCACCAGUGUUGUUUAGCCACCGCGAACCACCCAGAGAGCUACAGAACACUGACGCAGUUGUCGACAAUAACGUCGGUUAUGUGACUUUCGUGCUGUUCCCUAGACACACUGCACGCAAUACGCGCGACAACACUAUCAACUUGAUACAUAUGUUCAGGCAUUAUUUACACUACCACAUAAAAUGUUCUAAGGCGUACAUUCACAGCAGGAUGCGCGCUAAGACCUCAGAGUUCCUUAAAGUUCUAAACAGGGCCCGGCCAGAGAACAAGUCAACCGAUAAGAAAACUAUAACUGGCAGAACAUUUAUAAGAAGAGAUUGACCAGAGUAGAUUAAAUAAGUGUAAGAGAGUAUCCAAAAAAGAAAUCAAUUAUUAUGCGAUGGGCUCAACAACAAAAAAAUAACAUUGGAUAAGUAACUAAAUCUUUUUAAUAAUUACUUUAUUGGAAGGCUAUUCAUUCACAAAAUUACCUUUUUUUAUUAUGUAUAGUUUGUUUUAAUUGAUAUGAAUUAGAAUGAAACACCCUUGAUGGAUGAAGUUUUAACAAACAUUCA